GCAACAACUAAACAACGCCGAUAUCGUUUCAAGCUUUGUUUCCAUCACCACAUCGUAGAUAAUCAGCCUCAAAUACUACGAUGUCCACGACAACCGCCACUCGCCCCGACCAACCCGAGACCAAGCUCGACACGGUCAAGAAAUCCGCCGCCUACCUCAUGUACGGUUCAGCGGCCGGUGCAUCUGCGGUACCCAAGAGCUGGAAGACCCGUUCGGUAUUGACGACGGCGAGGUACUUUUCCAAGUACAUCUUCUGGAGGGUGCUUCGAUAUGCCAAGUAUGCCAUUGCCGGAGCCGUGGCUACCGCACUCGGAGGCACCUUGCUCGCCGGGAUAACAUCCGGAGCCACCAUGCUAGUCGCCCCCUCCUUCUUCAGCGCGACCGCCCUGGGUACAGGCUGGGCGGUGACCAAGUUCGCCUGGCACCACCGACCCAACUCUAUCCGUCGUAUCCAGGCGAACAUCGAGAACCUCUUGCACCUCUCGCCGAGUAGCACGACACCUACGCCGGGCGAGGCUCUGGCUGCAUCCUCGUCAACGGGGACUAGCUCGAGUCCGUGGUUCGAGCGGAUCAGGGAACGGGCUCAUUCGGGGUCUGAUGCGAAGGACGACGAAGAGGUGGACCACGUCGGCGACAAGGUGCAGAGCGAAGCACGGGAUCAGCGGGCUAGGGCUUCGGUAUGAGCUGAGAACGGACAGCGGCUGGGUGUGACCGAAUAGAGGACAAGCAAGGGAUACUGUAUCGAUUAUAAACAUGAGGAUUGGGAUUACACGCCGCACUCCUGACGGUUGACAAUCUCCAUGCUCAACCGUCAGUGACACCAUGCUAGCAAAAGGAGCCGCGCACACUGAGCUUUCAAACCUCUUAUGUUGGAAAGGAAC